UGGCCCCGGGGCCACGAACAUUUUAUAUUACUCAACUCAAAUCUGUGUAGAGUAAACUUUACUUUACUCUCCGGAGUUGCGACUGAAAAAAGUGUGCCACGAACGCUAAGGAAACUCAACUCACCAGAGUAACAAAACUCUGCACGAAACUCAAAUUGUUUUUAAUGAUAUAAGAGGUCUUACCAAUAAAAAUAAAUUCAAAAACCUUUAAACGCCUUUUCUGUGUUCAUUUUUCCGUUUCAUUCAUGAUUUUCUGCAUAAUAACAUAUAACUAUGACGUCAUAUUUGUUUUGAUGACGUUACAUGUGUAUGGAGCGCCUGUCUAAGCAAAAUGGAAGGGGUUCCAUUAGACUCGGUAAUAUAUGACAUAAUUUUGCCGCAAAGUAGUUUAAUAGAAGAAACUCCUCUAAGUUUAGACGUAAACAAAAUACAGUUUGAAGAUUGCGAACUUACACCUUUGGCCUCUAGCACUCCAAAUCCUAAAAGAAAACCAACUUGGAGUGAAUUGGAACAAAAUAUUCUGUUGGAAGAAGUAACAAAAAAUGAAAAGACGCUUUUCGGGAAAUUUAAAGGACCUGGCCGAGGGAAAAGAGAGCGAGAAGAGGCCUGGGAAAAUGUGGCCAGGGCAGUAAAUGAAGUAGGUAUUUGUCUUCGGACAGGAAAGGAGGCUUCCAAGCAAUAUGCGAAUUUGAAAACCAGAGCAAAGGACAAACUGUCGCAAAUGAAACGACCCAAGACAGGUGGAGGUCCAAAGCCCCCAUCACCAACCCCUGUUGAGCAAGCCAUGCUGAAUACGUUGGAGGGAAGGCCGUCAAUGCAGGGAUUGGACUCUGGUUUUGAUUCUGGUGACAUGGAGGUGGAUUGUUCGUCUGGAGAGUCUGCCUCUAACUCCACAACUUCAGCUACAUGUAUCUCCAGUACUCAAAACUCCUGCGCAGCAAAAAGUCAGAAAGGGCCUGAAAAGAAAACCAAAAGUUUAAUCGAACUGCAGAAAGACUUACUAAUGACAGAAAAGAAGAAGAUGGAAAUGGAGAUGGAGGUAUUGAAGCUGAAAAAGGAGAAGUUGGUUGAAGAAAUGGAGCUCUUGCGUAUUCAAAAAGAGAGAUUAUUAAAUUAA